GGUUCAGCGAGUGCGUGAAGAAGAGCUACACGCCAGGAACAGCUGUGAAUACACAGAUGGGAUAACUGGCUGCAGUCUUAGUUAGAUACUGUGUGUUAGCUGUAAAACAAAAUGGAUUUCUUGUGUUUACGGGGGGCGAAGACAAAAACAGUAGGACUAAUAUACUGUUGUAACUGAAGGGCAUUUGCUGCGGCUAGUUAUAUUUAGACGCUAGCGACUUAGCCUGUUAGCUGGGCUCGUAGCUGGUUUGUCUUAGCUAGCUGUCAACGGGUUGUUUUGUUCUCUCUAAAAGUGUCGGCUUCUUUCAUAACACAUGAGUGUGUCGCUUGUCGUUAUCCGUCUGGAACUAGCCGACCAGUCUCCUUCUCCACAGGGUUUCCAGUACUCCGCUGUCGAAGGCAUGUCAGACGAGGAACUGCAGGACAAAGCUCUGGGUUUGGCCAAACACGCUCUCAGUGGCAAGACCGAGCUGGAAAGAACAGCUGUUCUGCACCAACACAUUGGCAGCAGAGCCAUGGGAGACAUGGUUAUAGAAACCUUUGAACCCAGCCCAGAUAAAGGAGGAGGCGAAGACCCUGGUGGUUCAGUGGAGCAGAAUGGUGAACUUCAGGCCGCAAGGACUGAAGCAGACAGUCAGGACGGCACGGAGGGUUCAGAGGACAACAGUGCAGCAACAGGCACUGCUCCGGACUCCCCCUCCAAGCAGCUGCCGGACCAGAUCUCCUUCUUCAGUGGAAACCCCUCUGUGGAGAUCGUCUACGGUAUCAUGCACCUCUACAAGACCAAUAAAAUGACGUCACUGACUGAAGAUGUAAGACGUAGUGCCAUGGUGUGUAUCCUGACUGUCCCAGCGACCAUGACCAGUCACGACCUCAUGAAGCUUCUGGCGCCAUUUAAUGAUGUAAUGGAGCAUAUGAAGAUCAUACGGGACUCCACUCCUAACCAGUACAUGGUUCUGAUUAAAUUUUGCACCCAGGCAGACGCAGACAGUUUUUACACAGCGUGUAAUGGCCGCCAGUUCAACUCCAUAGAGGAAGCAGUCUGCCAGAUGGUCUACGUGGAGCGGGCAGAGGUUAUAAAGUCUGAAGAGGGGGCCAGUCUGCCGGUGAUGGAGCUGACCGAGCUGCCAAAGUGCACCGUGUGCCUGGAGAGAAUGGACGAGUCGGUCAACGGCAUCCUCACCACUCUCUGCAACCACAGCUUUCACAGCCAGUGUCUCCAGCGGUGGGAAGAUGCCUCGUGUCCUGUAUGUAGGUACUGUCAAACGCCAGAACCAGUUGAAGAGAACAAAUGCUUCGAGUGCGGCGUGCAGGAGAACCUGUGGAUUUGUUUGAUCUGCGGGCACAUUGGAUGUGGUCGCUACGUUAGCCGGCAUGCCUACAAGCACUUCGAGGAAACGCAGCAUACUUACGCUAUGCAGCUCACCAACCACCGUGUCUGGGACUACGCAGGAGAUAACUACGUGCAUCGGCUGGUGGCCAGCAAGACUGAUGGGAAGAUGGUGCAGUAUGAAUGCGAGGGAGACACCUGUCAAGCUGAGAAGAUUGAUGCUCUUCAACUAGAGUACUCGUACCUGCUGACGAGUCAGCUGGAGUCUCAAAGGGUUUACUGGGAGAAUAAGAUAGUUCAUCUGGAGAAGGAGACAGCCGAGGAGAUAAGCAACAUGAAGGCUAAAUUUAAGGAAACCUUGGAGCGCUGUGAUAACCUGGAGCGGCGGUUGGGAGAAAUAACCAAAGACAAGCAGGGCAUGGAGAAAAAGUACGCCCAGCUGAACUGUCGAGUGGCGAAGCUGAGCCAAGAGCUGAAGGAGGAGCAGGAAAUGAACCACUGUCUGAGAGCCAAUCAGGUACAGCUGCAGUCCCAGCUGGCAGAGGAGGAACGCAAAGGAAAGGAGAGCGGAGAUCGUAAGGACGGGACAAUAGCAGAACUGCAGGAGCAGCUGAGAGAUGUGAUGUUUUAUCUGGAGACGCAGCAGCAGAUUGAGCACCUGCCUCCGGAGGCUCGCAGUGAAAUCCAGGAGGGACAGAUCAACAUCGCCGCCGGCCCGGCAGACAGCGCUCCGGGCUCGGCGGGAGCGGGCCCGUCCUCUGGCAGAGGCAGGAGAGGCCGGGGCAGGAAGAGGAAGUAGGCAGUGUUAAAGUCCACUGGAAAGGGCGAGAAACUACUGCUGCCUCUCAGCGUGGGCACCUGUUUCUGGCUUUUCAUUUAUGAACCAGCGUCUGCAUCAUUGUGACUCCCCGGAAAGCACUCAGAGGAGAAAUGAAGACUCGAUAUUACACACCCGACUUCUUUAAGAGUAAAUAGUGAUGGUAUUUACCUGCUCAGUUUACCACCGUAACUUAAUGUAGCUUCUACACGAAGGAAACACGAGCGUGUGGGUGGAUUGCUCAGUAAUUAAAGACACAAAAACCUUUUUGGUUUCCAAAUAUAUUUAGCAUCUGUGUGAUAUAAAUAUAUUCUGCUGUUUCCAAAUCUAAAGAGAGUUUCUAUUUCAGUCACAAAUGGUAUUUAUUUGAUCAAAAUGAUGUUGGUUUGUGCCCAGUCUAACACCUUGUGAUAGUACUUGUUAUUGAAGUUUGUUUGACAUCUUUAUAUUUCUUUAAAAUGUAAAGAUGUUACUUUUUUCUUUUACCAGUCAAAGCUGGGCAGAGACAAGCCGGUAGAUGAAUGUGUUUGCUUUGUGUAAAGGAAUAUUAUGACUUAAGUUUUGUCAUGUUUUCCUAAAUCCUUUAUGGCACAACCUUUUUUUUUUUUUUUUUCUCCUUAAGUAAAAUGCUGAAAUAUUUUUAUUUCGAACAUAAUUUUUCAACAGUUUCCUAAACUAACACUUAAAGCUACUCAGGAUGACAAAAAUAGAGGUGAUGGAGGAGAAACGUUGAUUUGCCAUGUUGCUAUUACACGACUUGUUUUUUUUUUUUUUAUCGCUGCAGUUUCCUGUUCCCUGGAAAGUCCAGGGACAGAAGCCAGUGCAAACUUACUGUCGGGAAGCUCUCUGGGAGGAGCAGGAAGUACAUUUACAUUUACCUUUGACCGUCCAGGUCAGUGGUUCCCAACCAGGGGUAAGUUUACCGAGGGAGUACUGCUGCAUUUUAACAGGAAGUAUCUUUAAAGAUUGUGAAGUAUCUCUGCUAAAUUAAGGAGGAAAAAAACAAACAAACAAGAAAAACAAAUAUUAUUCUUGUUAGGUUAAAAAAAAAAAAAAAAA